GGCAGAAUCUUCGGUACAACUUGCGGUUUUACCGAUAGGAUCAACACAUCACCAUGAUCGAUGACAGGAACAUUGGUAAAAACGAAUAAAACUUUGUAUUCAGCGAGGUAUGGUUUGACCGUAACACUGCAGUAGGUUGCAUUCGGAUAUUCUCAAUUACAUCUUACGGCGAAGCGAGUAGCGUAAUGGACCAAUUAAACCGGGACUUGGUAUAACAGAUAAAAUUUCUACAUUCUUUUCACUUACAAAAGUGAAUAGACAUUGUUUACGAUCAUUUUGCGUGAUUCCAUGAUGCGCCGGCGCGUUUCAUUUGCCAGACGUCAGAGGCUGCAGAGCAAGUCAACAGGCCGAGAACCUCGGAUCGCGCCAGAUUGCGCGCUCAGCGCUCUUUCUCUUUUCGCCGCUCAGUCGCCGAUAGCCUCUGAAUCGGAUUGGGUCGGCGUGAGCUUGGAGCUGUACAUCGACGGAGCAAUAACAUACAAAUCAUUGUCAAAGCUUUGUGUCACAUCCGAUUUUCCGAGUUGAACUAGGAUACACGUGUGGGUAGACGUAACGAGGACACACGAUUUUUUAAUGUGCACCUGAUUGUAGUGCCAACCACUGUGACAUCACGUGUCGUGAUUAUUGUUAUUGUUGUUAUUGCUAUCGUUCGCUAGUGACAAUGCCUGCACAACUCAGCAAAUUUUCGCUCGACGCAUCCUGCAUGGAAUACGCUCAUCCAUGGACGGACUCUUGCGUCAACGCAAUUACUGGUCUCGGUUUGCACACUUUGCAGGAAUCCUUCAAGAUAUAUGCAACUGUUUACAUAAUUGCAUUUUUAAUGAAAAGAAAAAUACCAUCAAAGGAAGAUAUUAAGAGAACUGUAUUGGGUAUUCUUCAAUCUACAGCGUUUCUUUCAUGGAGUGGUUCUUCUUACGCGUUGUUUGUUUGUUUAUUAAGGAAAAUACUUGGACGUUUUUAUGUGCCAACUGUAGCUUUUCUUCCGUCCUUUUUAUCUAGCUUAUCUGCCAUUGUGAUAGAAAGAUCCUCUAGACGACCAUUAUUGUGUCUUUAUGUAUCUAACAUUGCGACAGAAACGUUGUUCAGGAUGGGUGUGUGGCGGGGAUACUUUUCACCUAUUCCAAAAGGAGAAAUUUAUAUUUUUGCUGUAAGCAUAACUCUGUUACUGUACUUUUUCCGUUCAAAGGAAAAUAAGCAGGAUCAAAUAUAUAAAUUAUUGAGGUUACUUGUUGGGCGAUAUGAAGAGACUGAAUAUCUUAUAAAAAAAAAUUUGCAUUCGGAAAUGUCUCCAAAGAACGUUAGCCAAACUAGCAGUGCCAGAAUUAGGAAUAUACAAAGGAGCUCUCAAAAUCGUAAAUUUAAUAUUUUAUGGAGAUCUUUUGAGACGUAUAAAUAUAUCAUUGACAUCUUGAAAGCACAGAGUAGGCAUGCUUCAUGUCCACAUCCUCACAGCUGUGCGCACUAUAUUUUAGCGGAUAGUGCAAGAAUUUUCGGUUAUGGUGUUUGUGGACAAAUAGCGCUUAAACUAAUCUUUCAAUUCAAAAGAUUACUUCAGAAACCAAAAUUGUUAAAAAGCGCUAUUUUUCAAAGAGGAAACCUAAAUUUGGCUGUAUUCCUUGGUGGAUUUGUCAGCCUUUAUAGGUUAAUGUCAUGUUUGUUGAGAAGAGCAUUCCACAAAGAUUCGCACAUUUACGCUGUCCCAGCUGGACUUGUCGCGAGUAUGGCGUUUAUGGCAUAUCCCAAUAAUACUGUAGCUUUAUAUUUCAUGUGGAAAGCAUUACAGUUGCUGUGGAAUGACGCAGUGGAAAAUAAGAAAGUACCUGAAAUAAAAUGGUUUGUAAUCUUCUUGUAUUGUUUUAGCACGGCCGUUCUCUUUAACGCAGCUUUACUAGAACCGCAAAACUUGAGAUCAUCUUAUUGGAGAUUCCUUUACAAUAUGUCAGGUGGAAGAAUAGCAGUAAUGUCCCGAUUACCCUUGGAUACUUUGGGUUUAGAAUCCAACAAGCAUUUGCAAGAAGUGUUAAGAAAAACGAAGACCACCGAUCAAAUCAAAUUUUCUUUCUAAAAUGACGAGCAAAAGUGA